AUGCAAGCUAAAAACAACGAGAACAUCACAACAUUCUGCAGAAUAAACGAUAAGAACAAGAGAACAAGUCCAAUUAGGACAUCUAAUAAUUCAAUAACAGUAGGUAACAAGGAGUACAAGGUGGAUUUCAUGUUAAACAAAAAGUCACAAUCUGACGUAUUUGAAAUAUUCAAAGAAUGCAUAUCAACUAAUGUCGAGUCUGGCUACAACUGCACCGUAUUUGCGUAUGGUCAAACAGGAAGUGGUAAAACGUACACAAUCCAGGGAGAAAUGAACAACGAAGGCCUCGUCCUCAGGACACUCAGGUUUCUUCAUACAAAAUACAAGAACCUUAAAAUAAGCUUCCUGGAAAUCUACAAUGAGGAAUUGGUUGAUCUGAGUCAAAUUGAUAGCACCCAAUUGAAUCUCAGAGAGGAUAAGUCUGGCUGUGUCCUUGUUGAUGGAAUCAAUCUCCUUGAUUCUGCUUCAUUUGCUGAAUCAGAAUCAUUCUACCUAAAUGGGAUAGUAAACAGAAAGACAUCGUCUACCUCGUGCAAUGAAAAGAGUAGCCGAUCCCACAGCAUCUUCACGGUCUACUUGGAGCAGGAGAUUGAUUUGAUCAGUGAUAAGGUGCGUAUCAAAACAAGCAAACUGACAUUCGUCGAUUUAGCUGGAUCUGAGCGACUCAAAGAGGUUGAAAAUGAGAAAGCAAACUCAACCAAAAUAUUCAAAGAAACCACCACAAUCAACAAAUCGCUGAUGAACCUUGGAAUUGUCGUAAACUGCCUGGAGCAGAGAGCAGCUCGUCACGUUCCCUACCGCGACUCAAAGCUGACAUUUCUUCUGAAGGACUCCCUUGGUGGCAACAGCAAACUGUGCAUCAUUGGCAACAUCAGCCUGUGCAAUCAGCCCGAUACAACCAACACUCUUCAGUUUCUGGAAAGAAUCAAAUUGAUCACAAACAACCCAACAGUGAACUAC